GUGAUGGUGAUGGAGGGAGGAGGAGGAGGAGGAGGAAGAGGAGGGCUGAUGUGUGCUGAUCAGCAGCAGGUCUGAUGAUGAUGAUGAUGAUGAUGAUGAUGAUGGUGAUGAUGAUGAUGAUGCUGUGAGUCAGAGAGCGGAGGGUUCAGGAUGCUCACAGCCGCUCGGAGUAGACAAACCCCGCACACAGACUGAGAGGAUCCGCGGAGACACGCAUACAGGUGAUUUAUCCAGAGUCGCAGCUAGACUCCAACUCCCAGAAUGCCCGAGCAGAGUAAUGACUACCGGGUGGUGGUGUUUGGAGCUGGUGGAGUGGGGAAGAGCUCGCUGGUCCUUCGAUUUGUUAAAGGCACCUUUAGAGAUACCUACAUCCCCACAGUAGAGGACACAUACAGACAGGUGAUCAGCUGUGAUAAGAGUGUCUGCACGCUGCAGAUCACUGACACAACAGGAAGUCACCAGUUCCCUGCCAUGCAGCGCCUGUCCAUCUCCAAAGGUCACGCCUUCAUCCUAGUCUAUUCCAUCACCAGCCGUCAAUCACUGGAGGAGCUCAAACCCAUCUACCAACAGGUUCUAGCCAUCAAGGGCAGUGUGGAGUCCAUUCCCAUCAUGCUUGUGGGCAACAAGAGCGAUGAAACAGCCCAGCGCGAGGUGGAGACGAAGGAGGGCGAGGCUCAGGCUGCAGCCUGGAAGUGUGCCUUCAUGGAAACGUCGGCCAAGAUGAACUCCAAUGUGAAGGAACUGUUCCAGGAGCUGCUGGCCCUGGAGAAGAAGAGGGACAUGAGCCUGAGCAUCGACGGCAAACGGUCAGGGAAACAGAAGCGGGCCGACAAGCUGAAGGGGAAGUGCAGCAUCAUGUAGAGGACUCGCUGUAGAGGUGUG